AUGCCUUCUGAUCAAGGUCACAGACUCUACGUCAAGGGACGCCACCUCAGUUACCAGCGUGGCAAGCGCAACACAAACCCAAACACAAGUUUAAUCAAGCUUGAGGGUGUUGAAGAUUCGAAGGCCGCCAGCUUCUAUCUCGGCAAGAAAGUCGCAUUCGUUUACCGGGCAAAGCGUGAGGUACAGGGAUCCAAAAUCAGAGUCAUCUGGGGCAAAGUCACCCGGCCACAUGGUAACUCCGGCGUCGUCCGCGCACAAUUCAGACACAACCUUCCCCCCAAGACCUUUGGUGCUUCCGUCAGAGUCAUGCUCUAUCCCUCGUCAAUCUAA